GGUUCGCAUCUGGGUUCGUGCCCGACCAAACUAAAAACAUUGACUGCAGUAUAAGGAUAAUAUAAAGUCAAGGUGUUCAAGUACUCUCCCAAACUCUUGGCUCUUCUCAAACAUAACAGCAACAAUGUCUCAAACUGAGCAGGUUUUGGAAGAAACUUGUGGAUCUGUGAGAAUAUAUACAUUAAACAGGACCAAGCAGCUAAAUGCCCUUUCAUUUGCCAUGAUAUCUCGUCUUCUGGAGCUCUUUCAUGCAUGUGAUCAUGACCCCAGUGUCAAACUAAUAAUUAUGAAGGGAAAUGGACGAGCUUUUUGUGCUGGUGGCGAUGUUGCAGCUGUGGUCCGUGAUAUUAGUAAAGGUGACUGGAAAUUAGGUGCAAACUAUUUCCGGAAAGAAUUUACCUUGAACUAUUUGAUGGCAACAUAUAGUAAACCACAGGUAUCAUUCCUUAAUGGAAUUGUUAUGGGAGGAGGUGCAGGUGCUUCAAUUCAUGGUAGAUUUCGAAUUGCAACUGAAAAUUCGGUUUUUGCAAUGCCAGAAACUGCUCUAGGGCUUUUUCCAGAUGUUGGUGCCUCUUAUUAUUUAUCAAGACUUCGUGGAUUCUUCGGAGAAUAUGUUGGCCUUACUGGUGCUAGGUUAGAUGGAGCUGAAAUGCUUGCAUGUGGCCUUGCUACUCACUUUGUCCCGUCAAAGAAAUUGUCUUUGUUGGAAGAAGAACUACGCAAGGUGGAUUCAUUUGAUGCAACAAUUAUAUCCUCAAUUAUAAGUCAGUUCUCUCAAUAUCCAAGUUUGAAGGCAAAUAGUGCUUACAACAGGUUGCAUAUCAUUGAUAAGUGCUUCUCACGAAAGACAGUUGAGGAGAUAAUAUCUGUUCUUGAGAGCAAAGCUGUAGAGCACAAGGAUGAAUGGAUCACUUCAACCGUUCAAACUUUGAAAAAAGCAUCUCCAACAAGUCUAAAAAUCUCCCUUAGAUCGAUCAGAGAAGGAAGGCUUGAAGGUGUUGGUGAAUGCCUUGUUAGAGAGUAUAGAAUGGUUUGCUGUGUCAUGAAAGGAGAAGUCAGCAGGGAUUUCUUUGAGGGAUGCAGGGCUUUACUGUUGGACAAGGAUAAAAACCCAAAUUGGCAACCAUCUAGACUAGAGUGUGUCACGGAUGAAAUGGUUGAUCGGCACUUCUCGAAGGUAGAUGAUAUUGAUUGGGAAGAUUUGAAACUCCCCCCUAGAUCCAACUUGCCAGUUCAUGCCAUUGCCAAGCUUUAAUGCAAAUACUCUAGAGACUGACAAUGUAAAAUGUCCCUGUAAGAUUCAAACGUCUAAGCUCCUCAAUCAUAUUGCAUAUGCAAAAAAAAUUAUUACAGAAUAAAUUUUACGUCUCCAUUCAAGUAGAUUGGGUCGGUUAGUGAGAUAAUCAUGUCAUAAAUAUCAAGCCAUCAAGGUGAAUAUGCUUAUUUGUAAAAUAAAUGCAAACUGAAUGAUAACAGAAAAAAUAAUGUAUAUAGAUACAGUUAAUUGAUAAUUUGAUAAGCUGCAUCAAAUUCUCCA